AUGGCCGUCACACCCGGUGGAUCAAUACUUUGCUGCGGCGAGCUCAUUGCAUCCAGCCCCAAGAAGCCCUCGAAUCACCUUCUAAUGCCCCCCUGCUCUUUUUCCUCUCGCUCCGUCUUACCACCGAAAUCUCCUCGCAAGGAUCAGGCCGUGGGUGUGGGCAAAGCAUGGUUGUCGUUUCUGCCCAACAAGCGAAGUUGCCCAGUGAAAUACUAG